CGAAGCCAGCCUGCGCAAUUCUUCUUCGACACAAGCAACACACGUCUAUUGCCAUUAUCUUCCCCUUCGUUGCCACGGCGGGACGUUGAACAAUAGAUCCCACGUUGCUCUUUUCAGCUCUGCAAGCAACUAUCGAACGCGUUGGCGACACUGGUGCGUCGUCUCUCAAACCGGAGGCCAUGGAGUAUUCGCAGCUUCCUUCCUGCACCGUCCAUCUUCGGCGCGUCGACCCGGAGCGCCUCAACAACGAUGAUCAAAUCGCGCGGCAGAUAAAGCGCCUGCGCACGCUGUGCGAACUCAUGGGCCUCGAGCCUUUGGACAUAAACGUCAAACGCAGCCUCAAGCGCAAGGGCCAGGCCUUCAUCACCUUUGGGAGCGCGGCCGACGCGGUGAAAGCGCAGAGCCUGCUUCAGGGAUUCCAAAUGGUGAAGAAUGGUAGAAGAAUGGAGGCUGAGAUCGCACGGUCCGCUUCGGACGUGCUGGUCAAAAAAUACUGCACCGAAGCGGAGCUAGAGGAGCACAUCAAGAGGAGAAAAGCCGACAAAGACCGCAAACGCGCCCUCGAAGCCCCGUCGGCAACCCAAAAACGCCCCGGCGACAUUUCUGGCCCCUCACGACCGUCCAAGACCGCGAAACUUUCAAAAGCCAGCGUCAUACCGGACGAAUACCUACCGCCCAACAACACUCUCUUCGUGCGCGAGGUGCCGGAAGACUACACCAAGGAGAUGCUGGAGGCGCUGUUUGGGCGGUACCCCGGCUUCAAGGAGGUGCGUACGAUCCCACUGCCGCAGUACAAGGGCUGUGCGUUCGUGGAGUACGAGGCGAACGAGGGUGCUAUUCAGGCAAGGGAGGCGCUCAACGGACGAACGAUAGGCGAAAAUACCUUGAAGGUCACGUACCAGAAGGCGGGAUGAAAGUGAAUAUUCUUCGGGCUGUGCACAGUCUAUGCUGUAAAAGUCGUUGCAUGAUCCUCGGCGUUAUGGGCAUAUGAACGGAUUGCUCUAGGAGAAAGCGUACAGGGCUUGACGGUGCCGUUGCCCCUUUUCGCGGGCACUCGUCUCUCAGUGCAAUGCUGAGACUGAGAAGUUCCCUCAAUUAUAUACCAUAAGGCGCUAUGCCGUUAUGAAAAGCAUAGAGCUCGGGCAUUUGCAUGCCCAAACCAUCCGUACCAAUCCAAAUAAGCGCUCAGGACAAA